AUGAUUUUCCAGUCAGAGUUGUGGGAAAACAGUAAGGAGUUGCAGAUCGCGAGGUCGCUCACCUGUCUCACCUGCAUCUACACGACGUCGACCACCCAACUCGACAAUUUCCGAGUGAGCACGCGACUGACGCGGCCCAUCUGUCCCAUGGAGCCGAUCCGUUGCGACCGCGAUCAGGACGUCUGCGUCACCAUCACCAUGCACGUCGGUACGGUCUUUCCUUUAUUCAUACUCUCUUUUUUUUAUCGACUGAGUGCAGCUGGUUUUAGAUGAGAAAGAUUUUCUCAAAAAUUGAAUUUUUUUUUUCUGUUGGUUAUCAAAAAUUUUUAACUCUUCGAAGCUGUUUUUUAAAAUAUUAUUUUUAUAACAACAACUUAGCCUAGCUAAUAGCUUCAAACGUUCCAACUCUUCAUUUUACAUUUGAAUAAUUUAUAAGUAUUUCACCAUUAUUUGACAAAAUGUCAAUUAUCGAAAUUUUUUUCAAAGAAUAUAAUCCAAGACUGUUUUAGUCUUUUUCCUCUUCUCGAAAAAAAUUGCUCAAGUCCGCUUAUUUUUGAAGAGCGUAACAAAACAGCAAUUAACAUUUAAAUCGAGCUGAAAACCGCAAAAACGAUGCUAUAUUUGACAUAACAGACGAAAGUCUGGGAAAAAAUUGCCGAAAUUGAAAAGCUCGUUCCGUAGUUGACAAAUUCGGCUGAUCAGUCAUGCAUCGGCGCCUUUUUGCAUUGUUUCACGAGGUUCUUUUUACCUGGAUUUUGCAACAUUCGGCUUCAUAAAGUUGAAAGAGAUAAUAAAAAAUAUUUAAAAGCCGCGGGCCGUGCAAACGAGGCUAAUUUUAAAAAGUUGUAUGCGUUCUCAGCAAAACCAGUCUCAAGUGAGAGAAGCAGAUAGGAGAAAAAACAAAAAAUAAAGCUCGAUUUUCAGUUUAAGGAGACUUGAAAGAGUAAAUAGUUUUAUUUUAUUCAAAAAUAUAUAAUAUUGAAACUGUUUUUCAAUUUUCUUAACGCCUCUUAUCGAGUUUACUUCGUGAGAGUACCGCUGUGGAAUCAGAAGACAUUCGGAACGAAGCUCCAAAACCUCACCUUGAGAAGAUAUUUUGAGGCGGCGGCGACUACUGGAUGGGCGCCGGCUGCGACCGCCGGGCCAACUUUCAGCACAUGGCGUGUCAGAACGUCCGCACCAUGUCACGCAACGUCCAGCUCGGUUUCCUAUUUAUUCGAUUUUUUACUUUUGUACUGUGAAAAUUGAUAUGAGAAUUUCCUCUGUUCAACAAAUUCUGAAGGUUAUAGAAAGGAAAAAUAGGAAAAAAAGGUUAAAAAGGAAAAAUAAACUUUCUCUCUCCUAAAACGUCUAAUCUUAUCACCAGAAAAACUCAAAAAAACUUUUUGAUUAUUUUUUUCAAAGGAAAAAUCAUCCCUCUGGAACUUAAAAAAAGAAACGCAGUGGCUACGGGAAAAAUCCUUAUAACACUAUUGAAGACCGGAAAGUCUUUUGAAAGCUUUCAAAAACAUGUAAAAGUACGAAUGUGUAUUUCCCUUAAAGCAUUUCAAAAAGCGCAAAAUUUUUUUUAAUUCCUUGAACUCUUGUUUAUUUUUGUAGAAAAUAUAUCGUCAAUAAAAAAACAAUGAAAAUCUUCAGGCUACGUGCAAGAACGACGGUCGAUGCAGAGAGUUUGCGUCUGCGCCAAGGACCUUUGCAACAGUUCGGCGGCGUCGUUCGGGACAGGAAUAUUCCUUCUGCUGACUAUUUUGUUCUGCCAGCUGCUCAUAUGA